UCCGGAAAAACGCUGCACCUCUGCCAGAUAAGUAGACCUGGGUUUAUUGUGGCGGAAGAUUAGCAUGUAAGAAAGCGUGUUUAUAUAUUAACAUAUAGGCAAAGCUUCAGAAAAAAAUCCAGGCUACCUUGACACGCACACGUACACAGCCUUCAAGCCAGCGCUAUACUAUCAAGCCAGAAUGUUUAUUCUAUACAUUUGCUGCUGGACUGUAGCAGUAGAAGUUCGAGCUCACACGAAUGGACAUGUACCCCUUCCAGAUGCAAGGACGCAGUCUAUUCCACUUGCCGUUGAGGCUUACGUCAUCAGCGAUUACAACCACACGGUAGGACUUCAAAUGCUGUCGUUGAAUGCCUCAGAAUACAUGGAAACGUAUAUGUACAAGGUGAGCCUGCAGCUACAGCAGUUAAGUCCACCGGUUCAUAUCGCUCUAGUAGGAUACAGCACCACAACUGAGGGAAACGCCGAUUAUAUAAGCUCCACGGAUACUGGUGACCUGGACGCGGAUGGCACAGUCACAAAACUAAGGCAGUACGCGGGAAAAAGCACUUCAGUUCAACAAUCUGAUUUGGUAAUUUUAGUCACGGGAUCACGGAUUGUUGACGUUUCAGAGAAAUUUGCGGCUCCGGAAAUGCUUGGAAUUGCACCCUUUGAGGGAAUUUGCAGCAAUUACAGUGUAGCAGUAGUAAAGGACAAGGCUGGCUGGUACACCGGUGUGCAUUCAAUGGUCCACGAAAUGGGGCAUCUGUUCGGCUCCUGUCACGACGGCGAAGACACAGCAACAAGCUGCCCCGCCUCACAUGGCUAUAUUAUGAGCCCAAGCUCUCAUGGAAACCACAGUGAGAAGUUCUCAGAUUGCAGUAAAGCAGCAAUUUCCAAAUAUAUCAGUUCAGACGCUGCGAGGUGCUUGAGAUACGCAGCAUCAGUCAACGCUAUCGGUGUCUACCCUCGCAAGUUUACAUUUCCGUCACAUGAAGAUACAUCUGACUACGAGUAUGAGGAAUCAUACGAGAAUUAGGUACGUCACAACGAACUAUAAUGAAGCCAACCACAUGGAUAUUGGAAACGUCAACAGUGGUGUUUCUUCACUGCAACAUUUUAGCUUGAACGUUUUUCUAAUUUUUCUAACAAAAUAACACUGUAGGUGAGCGCAGUAAGACGUUUCUUGCGUUUACCUUAUAUUUGCUCAUAAUGUGCUCUGUAAUAAAGUUGCGGUUGGUCUUUUUCUUUA